AACUCGAUUGAAAAAAAGAAAAUGAAAUAUGAUGUGGCUAUUUUGUUGGUAGUUAUUGUAGCGUUUAUAACUAAAAUUUAUGUUGAUAAAAAGAGAGAUGGCAGUUCGAAACUUAUUGAUCGAUUCAAUGAUACGUACGAUUACAUUGUUGUUGGUGCCGGUUCUGCUGGAUGUGUGUUAGCCAAUCGUCUCUCCGAGGACCCUCAUGUUACUGUACUCUUGUUGGAAUCCGGAGAAGAUGACUGGGGCUACGAUGAUAUUAAAGUUCUUGGAUACAUGCAUCGGCAUUGGUUGACAGACAUAGACUGGGCUUACUUCACAGAACCUGACAAAGAUACAUUAAAAGGUUUUCAAAAUGGGGUCUCCUACUGGGCACAAGGUAAAGUGCUUGGUGGUACCAGUAGCAUCAAUGCUGCACUGUAUGUCCGGGGUUCCAGACAUGACUAUGACAGAUGGGCCAAAUACACUGGCAGUGAAGAAUGGGACUACAGGCAUGUGUUGCCAUAUUUUAAAAAACUUGAAGACGUUCAGGUGGCAACGCUCAAGGGCUCUGGAUACCGUGGUCAAGGUGGGCCCAUACCAGUCAGCCAGACAGAGUCCCGUCCUCUAUCGGACAUAAUCAUGUCAGCAGCAGAACAAGUUGGAUAUACUUAUCACACAGAUUAUAAUGGGAGAACUAUGGAAGGUAUCUUUUACUCCCAGUUGAACACUAAAAAUGGGGAAAGAUGGAGUACAAGUCGGGCGUAUAUUUCUCCAGUUCUGCACAGAGAAAAUCUUCAUGUAGCUGUCAACUCUCACGUAACAAAGGUUUUGUUUCAAGACAAAAAAGCUGUUGGUGUUCAGGUGGUCAGAUACAGCAGAAAAUUUACAGUAGGAGUAAGAAAAGAAGUCCUAUUGUCUGCUGGAGCUAUUGGAUCUCCCCAGAUUUUAAUGUUGUCUGGAGUUGGACCAAAAAAACAUCUGGAAGAAUUAAAGAUUCCUGUAGUCUCAGAUCUUCCUGUUGGUCAGAACCUUCAAGACCAUUUAUAUUUUGAUAUUGGGGUUGGCAUCCAGAAACCUUUAUCAACUCUCUCAGGAGAGUUAGACUCGUGGACCACAUAUUUACAGUACAAAUUGUUGGGCUCAGGACCACUUUCUACUGCUGCACACAUGACUCUCAUGGCUUUCAAGAGUACUACAGAAGAAACCAAAUCUAUAGACUGGCCAGAUUUACAGAUUUAUGUAGCUGAAAGUUUGCCACAUAGUCAGGAAGAUAGUUUGUACACUGAGGAGGUCAAGUCCGACUUGGCAGGCAGAGAUUCUUUCCUUCAUGGUUUUCUGAUUACUCCUGCAUUGCUACGACCAGAAAGCAGAGGAAACAUAACACUAACCUCAAAAGAUCCAUUUGACUAUCCCAUUAUUAGAACUAAUUACUUACAAAAACAAGAGGACAUACAAUUAUUUAUAAGAGGUAUUCAAGAAAUAAAGAAGAUUGUUUCAAGCCAACCUUUGAAAGACAUCGGUGCUGAAUUCACUGAGAAAACUCCAGCUAAAUCUUGUGCUCAGUUCUCAUACGAGUCUGAUCAGUAUUGGGAAUGUGUUCUGAAACUUAGACCCAUGACAAUCUGGCAUCCAGUUAGCACAUGCAAGAUGGGCCCAGCUGAUGACAUCACGGCAGUUGUGGAUCCUCAACUUAGAGUCAAAGGAGUGACUGGUUUACGUGUAGUAGAUGCUUCUAUCAUGCCCUGGAUUGUCUCGGGAAACACGAACAUACCAACUAUCAUGAUUGCUGAGAAGGCAUCAGACUUGAUUAAAGGAAAACCACCUCUACAGCCUCUAGACAUGUAGAUAACAUUUUGCAAUCAACUUUUUUAGGCCCCUAUAGGGGAAUUUAUAUUGUAGACUGGUUGUGUAGAGGAUUUUUGUUUCUUAGUUGUAUAUACUGAGACUAGAUUUGUGGUUUCAAGGACAGUAAAGAAAAAAAAUGUCUCAAUAGUCAGCUACUGCUUUCAAGGCAGGCUCAGUUCUACAAGGAAAUGACUAGUCAGUCCAAUGUAAGCCUUUGUGGUCCACUUGUAAGAGCACUAAUAACUUUUAAAAAAUCAUUUAGAGAUAAAUGUUGUGGGAAUAUUAUGUGUUAAUGGAAUUAUUAAAUUUAUGUAAUUAAUGUAAACAAUCUUGGACAAUGUAAAUGUAUAUUUUUCUUAGCUUCUAUGUGUUUAAGAUAUAUUAAAUGGAAUUGAGGGGGAAAAAAAUUUUAAAGGCACUUUUUUGUGUGGGACUUACAUUCUAGGUCUAGAGGAAAUGUAGAUAAUGAUGUAGAGAAAAGACAGUGCUGCAGAAUAUAGUGGUCUCAUCUACACAGUCUCUAAAGACAUUAUGGUCUUUGUUCACUCACCUAACUAAAAAAAAAAAAAGAAAUUGAUCUUUUUGUUGCUAUUAGGCUAAGGUUGUUCUUUAUUUUCCACCUUGUGGAUGUGGAAAUGAAAAUAUGAUGUAGGGUAAAUGAAAAAUAAGUUGAAUAAUGGAAAAAAGAAAGAAAAUAUGCUUUAAAAAUAUUGAAGUCUUUUUUUAAAAUGAUAUUUGUAUUUAACCUUUAUAUGUAGAAUGCGGCCUUUUGGUUAAAUACUGAAAGUAAAAUGCAAAGGUUUAAUAGAAAGCUUGCAGGGUAUUUUGACGAAUUGUGGCGUUCAGGCUGUAAAUCUGUCAAAACCAUAUCUUAGCAAGCACCUGAGAGGUAAAUUGUCUACCAAAUUUCUAGAGCUUUACAAGUUGAUUUCUUUUUUAAAUUUCUUUUGAUCAAGAGCCCAGAAACUCAUGUUUGGUUUAGUGGCUGUAAAUAUGUAUAUACAUGUUAUAUUGAUGCACUAUGUUAUUAUUGUUAUACAUAAAUAUACAUAUACUCAGGGCUUAAUUUUUUAAUGUUGUUUAUUUUAAUGUUUAUUAUACAUAAAUGUAAACAUACUCAGGGCUUAAUUUUUUUAUGUUGUAUAAGUAUUUUAAUGUUUGUUAUACAUAAAUGUAAACAUACUCAGGGCUUAAUUUUUUUAUGUUGUAUAAGUAUUUUAAUGUUUGUUAUACAUAAAUGUAAACAUAUUCAGGGCAUAGUUUUUAUGUUGUAUAAGUAUUUUAAUGUUUGUUAUACAUAAAUGUAAACAUACUCAGGGCUUAAUUUUUUUAUGUUGUAUAAGUAUUUUAAUGUUUGUUAUACAUAAAUGUAAACAUACUCAGGGCUUAAUUUUUUUAUGUUGUAUAAGUAUUUUAAUGUUUGUUAUACAUAAAUGUAAACAUACUCAGGGCUUAAUUUUUUUAUGUUGUAUAAGUAUUUUAAUGUUUGUUAUACAUAAAUGUAAACAUAUUCAGGGCAUAGUUUUUAAUGUUGUAUAAGUAUUUUAAUGUUUGUUAUACAUAAAUGUAAACAUAUUCAGGGCAUAGUUUUUAUGUUGUAUAAGUAUUUUAAUGUUUGUUAUACAUAAAUGUAAACAUAUUCAGGGCAUAGUUUUUAAUGUUGUAUAAGUAUUUUAAUGUUGUAUAAGUAUUUAUAACAGUUUUAUGCUUUUUUUUUGCUCAUGGAAAAGAUAAAU